CUCAGCGAGCAGCUACUCCAAAGGGAGCAGCUACUCUUGUGUAGCAAAGCAGCAAUGGCCGACUUCAACUACGGCAAUCCCCUCAACGACCAGGUCCCACAUCCAAAUCCUCCGCCAAUAAUGCGAUCCCAAGAUCCCGAUUCGCUCGCUCCACACUACUCGGCCUAUCACGCUCCCUUCAUGAACAACCCUGAUGGUCCAAUAUAUCCUCGACUACAGGGCCAGUACAGAACACGGCUGCCGGAUCCCCCCAUGAUGUAUGCCACAUACAUGACCAGCAAUCACCCCUUUGCCCUCUAUGGUGCUCCAGCUCCUCGACCGGAAGAACAUCAUGCUACCCCGUCUGGCGUCACAUUUCAACCUCCUGUUGAUGGGCCUCCUCUGAGCAGCGCACAUGCACAAUUCCCCGAUCCGCAGCACCAGAGGGACUCUUACUUCCGGAAUCUGCAUCACAGAACUUUGACCCCGCCUGGCAUGGUGGAUGGUCCGACGCGACCGUCUUCACUCCAGCCAAAUGCAACAGAUAGUCUUAGUCUCCCGCCUCAAGGUGCAUGGAAUUUGCCGUUGUUUUCCGAAUUCUAUCGGCAUGGCCCUAUGGGUUCAGCAUCUACUGCACCCUUGAGGCCAAAUCCGCCUGGAAACGGAGCGAUACCACCUCCCACUACUGGCAAUGGACGCCCCAUGCGGACUGGACCCGUCAACGUGGAUAUGCGCUUGCCAUACGUCGUGCCUAACCGCGUACCUUUAAGCCAGAGGCCACACGUUUCGAGCACGCAAGCCGCGAGAACCUCCGAACGAUCGGAACGGCAAAUGGCGGCCAUAGUAAACCAGCACUCUCAUCGUCCAGGAGACAAUACUUCACCCCGAACUUCUCAUCGACGGAGCUUUGACAGAUACUCGACAGAUCUUUCUCUACCUGGCAAUAGUCCGGAAUCAGAUGCAUCGCACACGCCAACACAUCGCUCGAUCCGACGCCGAAUGGGAGAUGGCUUUGAGAGUCCCGAACAUCGUGCACUUGUGAUGGCCGCCCGCCACGAUUCUGGCAUCCCUUCCACGCACCAAAUACAGCAACUCAAGGGAAGGUUGUCCAGACAUGUAAGGGGCGAACUAGAAAAGGACGUGUCUCCAACAUGUGACAUUUGUCAGAGGGAUUACUCGGAAAAGCUCGUUGAACCGUCCGAAGAUGAAGAAGUGGCAGUCAAAUUGCCUUGCAAGCACGUAUUCGGAGAACACUGCAUUCACACCUGGGUAUGCUCUUUUUUGAUCUGCCUUUGCUUCUUUUUAAUUCUGAACUGUGCUAAUCCAUCAUAGUUUGACACUU